AAGAGCGAGUAGUUUACAAUGACCAUUGACCAAUAGUGCAACCGACAAUAAACCCGCCAAUGUGAAUGCACGCUUACCAAUGACAAAUCGCCAUCUGUCAGGCUGUCACCAUUCUUCAUCCUUCUCCGCCAGCACUAUGAUCCUUGGGUUAGGGUUUCCACAAUGAAUAUUACAGCUUUAACUUGAUUGAAGACUUGAGGUUUGAGCUGGAAAUAUAGUGGAAACUUGGGUUGAAAGAUCGUGGGGUGGUAAUUUGGCAAAUGGCAUCAUCCGGAUUCUUUAUUAUAUGCACUUUACAUUCAGUAAUUGCUAUAACUUGCGGUGCAUUGAUAAUGUUCUAUCUCAAUGAAAUAUCUGCUUUUGGGCACGGUAUUGAGACAGCUAAAAAGAUGCUGGGAUCAACUCCACAUGAUCAGUUGUUAAUACAGAUAUCCAAUUCAUUUGCCGGGUUGCUUUUGUUUGUGAUUGGAUUUUUAUUGUUAAUGGUGGCUUUUGUCAAGGACAGGGACUUUCAGAGCUUUUUCGCUAAGGGGCUUAUUCUCAUUCAUGUCUUGGUAGCACUCUGGAGAGUUUAUUUUGAGAGAAAGCUUGAGGAUUUAGCUCAUGAUUGGCCAAGGCAGCUGGUUGGUGACUUUGCUCUGGCACUCUCGUGGGUGUUCUUUCUUGUAUACUCAUGGAGAGAAAAGUAUGAUUAGACGAGUUGAGAUGAACAAUUAUGUUCCUGAUUGGCCGAAUCACAAGAUUUGCUUGGUAGCAGGUCAACCAUUCUGAAAAGAUUUCUAUUGCGUUGCAGAGUAGCAUUAUGGUGCUUAAUGGAUCACAGCAUACCACCUUUCUUAAAAUGCCUGUUUUAUUUGCUAAAUAAAAUGGUGGUUGAAUUUUGAAGGGGAGUUUGUUGUCAGCAUGAACCUUUGGUUAGCCUGUAAUUUAUCUCUGAUGGAACCGAUGUUGCUAGUUUGAUUUUCUUUACUGUGUCUGAUUUUUCAGAAAUGUACUUAACCAUAGCAUUUGGAAUAAAUAGAAUAGAAAUUGAUAUAUGAAGCUUUUAUGUUAUUUUAUGACUUCCAAAAA